AACCACCACUCGAUCUCACGCCGGGAAAGAAGCAUGGGGCUUCUUGUCGUCGGCACGCCGCUUCCAUGGGAAGAUGCGCUGGAAUGGCUCAACCACGUCCGUCACAAUGGCAUUCUGCAGUUCCUGGAGACGUUCCAUCGCGUCAAGGAUAUAACGGGAGACGUCCUCAAGUGGGGCGAUGAACUCGAAUACGGCAUCUUUGUCUUGGACGACGACACCAAGACCGCCAAAUUGUCGUUGCGCGCGACUGAAAUCCUGAAUGAAUUGCUGGAGAAAGAGAAGAAAUUCCAUCGCGAGGACCAUGUCGAAGAAGGAUGCAACUGGGUCCCCGAAUACGGAGCGUGGAUGGUGGAAGCGACACCGAGUACACCAUACGGCGGGUUUUCCUCCGACCUCCGACGUGUCGAGCCCAGCAUGCGCCUACGCCGCGCUCGCCUUCUUUCUGUCCUCAAAGACAACGAGAUCUGUCCAACGGUCACUGCCUUUCCGCUCUUGGGAGUUGGCGAAGAUGUCACCGUACCUCCAACAAAACGGCGCGGUCCCAUCGCGGCUUCCGAGUACAUCAGCGACUCGAUCAUCAAUCCUCAUCCUCGAUUUGGCGCCCUCACGGCCAACAUUCGUAAGCGCCGCACCCGCAAGAUCGACAUCCGUGUGCCGCUGUUUAAGGACGUGUUUACGGACGAAUUGCUCGAGGACGAGGCGGCGUGGGUGGCCGAACACGCCCGCCCCGCGCUGCUGCCCCCCGUUGAUGACGACCAUCCACGCAAGGCGCCAACGUCUCCUCCUCCGUGCCCACAGUGCCCGACGCGUCGGCACGCGUCUUUUUCAUCGAAGUCGACGCCAAAACCUCUGGACCACGUCGAGCCGCAUCCCGGAUUUAUCCACAUGGAUGCAAUGGCGUUCGGUAUGGGCAUGUGCUGCCUUCAAGUGACGUUCCAGGCGAAGAACAUCGGCGAGUCGCGGCACUUGUACGACCAUCUCGGCGUGCUCAGUCCCAUUAUGCUGGCGCUAACGGCCGCGACGCCAAUUCUGAAGGGCCGCUUGGCGGAUACGGACGUUCGAUGGGCGACGAUCGCUGCGUCUGUCGACGACCGCACUCCACAGGAGAUGGGACUUGCCGCUCCGGAGACCGCGCCGGCGUCGUACGCCAAGAUGGCCGGUCAAGGCGUCAAGAGACUGCCGAAAAGCCGUUAUGAAGGCAUUUCGGCCUUCAUUUGCAACCACAAGCACGGCGAGGACUCGAGUGCUUCGCUGGAACACUACAACGACGUCGAGAUCCCGUUUGAUGAAGCGUCGUACGCCACGUUGACGGCCAACGGCGUCGACGACAUCUUGGCUAAGCACAUUGCCCACUUGUUCAUCCGCGACCCGCUCGUCAUCUUUGAGCAGCGCUUGCAUCUCGACAACAAGGUCGCGACCGACCACUUUGAGAACAUUCAGUCGACCAACUGGCAGACCGUGCGGUGGAAGCCUCCGCCGGCCGCUUCGUCGGCCGAGUCGCGAAACCACAUUGGAUGGCGCACCGAGUUUCGGUCGAUGGAGAUUCAACUCACGGACUUUGAGAACGCCGCGUUCAGCGUGUUCAUUGCGCUCGUGAGCCGCGUCAUCCUCACCUUUGACCUGAACCUGUACGUCCCGUUGUCGAAAGUGAACGCGAACAUGGAGAUUGCCCACCGCGUGAAUGCCGCCGUCGACGAAACCUUUUUUUUCCGCCGCCACCUGGCGCCCCCCGACGCCGCCGAGUGCCACAACGCCGGCUGUCACGUCCAAUGCGACAAUAAAGACUUGACCCACUGCAAGUGCAUUCACGGAAGCGACAGCUUUGAAUCGAUGACGAUUGCCGAGAUCAUGUUGGGCAAGGGGUCGUAUUACCCUGGUCUCCUUCCCCUCGUCAACGCAUACCUAGACCACAUCGAGUGCGACGACGUCACUCGCAGCCUGAUCGAUCGGUACUUGAGCCUCAUUGCCAAGCGCGCGACGGGUGAACUCCCGACGGCCGCCACGUGGAUGCGCCGCUUUGUCAAGUGCCACCCCGACUACGCGCAUGACUCGGUCGUGACGUCCACGAUUGCAUACGACCUCUUGGACACGUGCGCAAAGAUUGGCGAAGGCGCUGUCCCGUGCCCCGAACUCCUCGGCGAAGUCAAGAUCGACCCGAUUCGCGGCAAAACAGGGUACCAAGUGCCACUCAAGUCGGACUCGGUCGACGCGCAGAAGCGCAGUGACCUCCUCCGGCGGUAUGCCCGACGAAGCAGCAAAGACACCUGCGGCAGUGGCAGCUGCAGCGCCCACAAUGCCAAGAAUUAAUGCAGCGGAAACCUUUUAAAGUCCCGCAGAACAACAUGCCCAUGCAAUUCAAUUAAAAGCGAGUGUAU